AUGGCCGCAGUAUCCUACCCAAUGUCUCCUGCGAGGCAGCCCUUUGCGGUUCUGGGUGAGGCCAGACUACGUACUGCCAACAGCAUCAAGAACCAGCAGAAUGGCGCGACUGCAAACUCGUUGAAGCGUCGACUGGACGUGUUAGACACUUCAGAUGCUGAGAACAUCGACCCUCUUCUCAUGGGCUCUCCAUCCAAGCGCAACAAAGGCGGCAUUCAGGUGCACCAAGAUACCACUGAUAGCAUCCACGUCUUCACCAAGCCAGCCUUACCUGUGAAGACGCCUGCAAAGGCGCGAAGCAGCAGCUCGGAAUUCAUCACGCCUGCGCGCCCAAUUCGUGGCCAGUCUUCUCUCUCUGCUCCUCUCAGAGCACCAGCUGGCCGGUCUCCAAAGUCAAAGGCAAAGAGCGUCAAGGCCUUUGGCCGUCGUAGCCUUGGCUUCUGCCGCGUUGACCCUCCCACUACCAACAAGCGUAGCAUGACUCGCGUGCCUUUCUCCAUUGCUGACGCUCUCAAUGGCACCUUCACCGUCUCCCGUCCAGUUGUCGAGUCGACCUCAUCAACCACGCCAAAGGCUAGACGUCCAAAAGCAUGGGACUUUGAAAUACACGCCGACACCGAACAAGACGAGAUGGCAAACUUGAUGCAACACUCGACUUGUGUUCUUGACAUCAGUGACGACGAGGAGAAGCAGGCACGCGAAACCAGAGGAAAGGAGAACAUUCCUCCUUCGCAACCUCUUAGUGAUGGAAGCAAUGGACCUGCUACCGCCCAACAUACAUCGACCACUUCUGCUAGGAAUGUAGAGAUGGGAGAUGAACCUCGUUCGCCUUUGGGUGAACUCGAUGUAAAGGCCUUCAUCCCUGAAGGUGAAGAUAUUAACAGUGUUGUCAUUAUCCCAGAGGACGAGGACGACACAUCCACUGAACAGAACCCUACUACUGUUACUGUUGAAAAGGCAUCGGAUGCCACCCCAGAGAAGCAGUCUAAGGCAUCUGUUCAAUCGAAAUCCCUCUCCAAGACAGAGAUCGCGAGUCUACUCGGCCGCACGGCUCCAAAGGUUCAACCCGAGGAGCAACCCAAGGAGGACACCCCAGCCACCGAAAUAAAAACUUGCGAGGGUUCCACUACGACCGAGGAGGCCUCCACUACCACCAAGGGGUCCGAUGAGCCCGCUGAGCCCUCUGCCCCAUUGUCAUCCUAAUAGCCUCGAUACCUCAGGAUGAUUGACAUUUUUGAUGACUGGUUUGCCUCCCUUAUUUUAUCUCUAUUUCCUUUCCGGGUGUUCUGGGACGGUGGUAUCUUUUUUCUCUUUUAUUUUCUUUCAAAAUGGGUAUAUUCUCUUUCGGUGUUAUGGGUAUCUUUAUUUCCUAAGGAGUUCCUGGUUUAUUUUUUCUUCUUUCCUACCACGUCACUCAUUUGAUUGUUUGAUUACAGUAUCCCUAUUCCAAGCUUAGCUCCCGCUAUCCCACCCCUAAUCAAUUGCUCACCUCAGUUCUGCGCCUGUUUGCUUGAUUUGCCAUCGACUACUUUAGUUUUGCUUGCUUGCCUGCUCGCCUGCCUGCUUACCUGCUGCCCAUUGCUUGCUUGAAUUACCGCAAUGACCGUGAUGUUGAAUGUCCAUGUCUGUUUACGCAGCGUCUGCGCCAAAGUUAACCCGUAGCAACACGAUGGCCAUGAUUUACGAGGACAAGAGCUGAAAGUGUGAACGACGCAAUGUGUGUGAAAUGUUAAUUUAUGAAAGCUGCCCUUGAGAGUUUG